CGACCGGGCCGCUGGGGAGGCCCGCGGAGCCGCAGCCCCAGCCCAGGCUGGCCUCGCUGGGCCCGGCCUGGGCCCCUGCGCCCCGCAGGCCGUCCAGCGCCGAGGGGGCCGCGCUCGCGGCCAGCCGCCGUCCGCUGCCCCCCCUGUCCUCCCGCUGCAGGAAGGCCGAGUCCGAGGGGGCGCCCGUCAAGCCGUUCGCCCCGCACGCGGAGGGACCCGGGCCUCGGAGCAGCAGCACCUUCGGGGACGACGCCGACGACGACACGUGGGCCUGCGGCGCCAUGGGGAUUUUAAGGAAACAGAGAUGCAAAAUGGGAAGAAGAAAUGGAGAGAACAAUGGCACCACCCCGCGUGCAUCCAGCAUCUCGCAGGAGAACUUGUGUCACUGGAAUUUGGAUUCAGAAAUACCUGCUCCUGAAAAUAAAAAUCUCCCACCUGGAAAGGAUAGUGCAACAGGUGGUUCAAUUAACAAGAAUAGUAAGCAAGGGAUGUUUCAGUUAUGGAGUUAUCCUCUUAACGAAGGAAGUACCAUGGAGAACAGGGAUUUCAGAAAAUCUUCCGUGGAAACUGGCUUUAAUGUAACCAAUAAUCCCAUAAGGCUCUUUACUCUGAACCACGCACUUGUAACAAGUGCUUCAGUUGAGAAGCAAGUUGGUUCUUACCCUGGACUGCAGAUACCAUCGGUUCUCUGCUGGCCCUAUGCUGAUGGAGACUUUUUGAAGGACAGAAAUGAGCCUUAUAUUAAUUUAUGUUCAACUAUAGAAAACAAUAGUGGUGAAACUUUACCUGCUUUAAAUUGGAACUUGAAAUAUGGAAACAGCAGUGUGGAAGAAAACUUAACAGAUGAAAGUGAUUUAUCAGAAAAUGAAAAAGCAAGUGAUAGUUUGCUCAGCUACUUUAAAAAGAUGGACCUGAACUUAAAGCCAGAAACAAUAGUAAACGUUGAGGAAUCUUUCACAGAGGAACCAAGUGAAGUAUUUCCAUAUCCUGAUUUUCUCCCUUCUCCUUUCAAUACCCUGGACUUGUGCAAAUUAGCCCUUUCAAAAUCUGAAAAUUGGAAAGUGACAGUAGAACCUCCAGAAAGCUCUGUUGAACGUCUGAUAACUCGUUUACUAGAAAUGGAAAGAUUGCAACACAUGACUAUCCAAAAAGAGAGGCCCAGACUACAAACUACCUUCUGUACUCUGGCAGCUACUGAACGACCCUCUUCCUCUAAAGCUAUACCCAAAGUGAGACAGCCCAAACUUUCAGACCCUUUGAGUCUUCAGACGACGUGUGUAGAUAAAAGUCGUGAAAAAAGAAAAAGCAAUUCUGGAUCUUGCAAGCUUGAACAAAAUGCUUCAAAAUGGAAUUGGAGCAAUGCUGGCAAAUAUAAAUGGAAUUCUAGACCAACAUCUCUAAAAAGUUCAUCCACCACCAAACAAUUGGUUGCAACUUGUGAUGACUUUAGGAAUCUCAAAAGCUCCAUUUUAAAUCCAUGCCAAGAACUCGCAACCAAGCCUACUCCUUUCCAAACAACUCAAUCAUUGGUUAAAAUGGUCUCAACAAGAUGUCUGCCACCGAAGUCUCCAAUACCAGUCUCAUCUAUACCUCUGUCUUUUCCCGAAACAGAAGAAAUUAAGGUACCAAGGACCAAAAAGAAACUUUAUCAAAAAAACAUAGCACUGAACAGACCAUUCUAUAUUCAGAAGCUAAACUGUUUAUCACCUUCCUUUACAGCUAAGGAUAAGUGUUCACCUAUUGACCAAAAAUAACUUUUCUUUCAUACAUCUCAAUGUGAGCAAAUCUGUUUCCAAGAAGCUUGGCUAAAACGUGGUUCAUCAUUCCGAGAUACAGGUAUUACACACAUGCAUGAGUAACUUGAUUUGAUGUGGAGUGGAAUUUGUAAAAAUCAUUGCUGAGAUGUGUAAAUAUAAAUUCAAGGGCUUCCAUACUGACAUAUUUGGCAAUCUUUUGCAUGUUAUGUUUCAAAGGAAUGUUUCACUUAGUAAACUGUUCUUUUCAAAAGAA